CAGUGGCACUAUGCAAAAUAGUGUUUUGAAGAUCUGUUUAGUCAUGAUUGGGCCGGCAGGUUGCCUAGUGGUUAGAGAGUUGGGCUUGUAACUGAAAGGUUGCUGGAUCGAAUCCCUGAGCUGACAAGCUCACCGUUGGAAGCUCCCGACACAAUGAUUGCUCAAGGAUAUCCAAAGUCUAUUGAUGGUUAAACAUUAAUCAUUGUAAUAUAAUGCUCUACAGAGAAAAGGAAAGAGUUUGACUUAUCUUCAACAGACUCUCCAUUUUAAACAUGCUGUGGCAGCAUACAGGCCUACCGCCUGGGAUGAUGGAACACUACCACUCAACCCCCACUGCAACUCUUCUGCAGUAAAACCUCGCAAUCCCAAGUACUUCUCUGCAGCUGCCACCACAACCUCUACUUUCUUUAACUAACGUUCCAUUUCUGCAGUAGAGUUUGACAACCACAGCUAUGGACGCUAAGAAACCCACCUCACUGAAGCACAUAUUAUUCCUAUCACUGUCCAUUGGCCUACUCACCGGAAUCCUCUCAGUAUCCCUUGCCUUCAGCAUGACAACUUCUGUACUACUCUGACCCUGGCAACCUCAACCUGCUAUUCUCUCACCAGACACAUCCAACUGCCAGCACCAUGGGCACCCUCACAGCUAACACACAGCUAACACAACUAUACAUUCCUUCGUCUCAUGCGCUCCUGCACGUCUAGGAAUCUCCUUCCUACACACUGCUGCAACAUGACCAUAAGCUUGACACCUUUAACAACGUAAUGGGUUCGGGACAAAAGCUCUCACGGGAUUACUGACACAUCCUAACUUAACUUUGUCGGGUAAAGACUCCGCAAAAAAACUCAUCAGGACAGACAGUCUUCUCUGUCAGCAUGCUCUCCACCAGGUCUGCUUCGCACCAAAUGGCAGGUGUCAAAUAGACCAGGAAUCUUCCAUUUCAAUUGCUCCUCAACACUUAAUGCCACCCAGUUAUAACUCCGUUCAAUGGCACCCUGCUCCGGAGUUCUUGUCCCUAAUCGCUUGUUUCGGAGUGCCCGCUCCCUCUGGACAAAAAGACCAUCACGAGUCUACCUCAAGUUACUUUCAUCAACUCAGCAGUCCCCAACCUCUUCUCCACACAACCUGACACCCCACAUGGAUCCGCCAGAAGGCAAGGAUCCAUUCUCUCCAAAGAUCUCACUCAAACUCAUCCUCAUCAUCAUUGGGAUGAGGCUCAACCUCAACCAUCUUCACCACACCUGCCACCGCAGGUGCAUCAUGGGACCUUUGAUCCAGCAAGUCUGUUUGUUAACAUUCCUCAUCCUCUUUAAUGCCUGUUCAUCUGUUGCAGAUAUGCAGCUUGUUGUCCCUCCUGACCCUGUAGUUACCUCUACUGGUCAUGAUGUCAUCCUUCCCUGUCACCUGUCUCCUCAAACCAGUGCUGUUAACAUGGAAAUCAGGUGGUUUAAGGAAGGAGAAUUCGCUAACCCCCUGUACCUGUAUUUGGGUGGAAAGGUAACAGAGGGGAAAGGCUAUGAGGGUAGAGUGAGUGUGUUCACUCAGGAGUUGGAGAAAGGCAAUAUAUCAUUGCUGCUGAAUAAUGUCAUGGCUUCUGAAAGGGGAAGCUACAAAUGCCAAGCCAGCUACUUGGACUGGAUUCAGGAACUGCCUGUUGUUCUACAGGUUAAACAGCAGGGCAGUGUCCCCAGGAUCUCCAUGAGGAAGCACCACAGAGUGUUCAUCCAGCUCAGCUGCAGUUCAGAGAACUGGUACCCAGAGCCUGACAUGUUGUGGACAGACAGCAGUGGGAAGGAGAUCACCUCAGCAGAGACAGAGAGGCCCAAACAGAAGGAGGGGGGUGUCCUGUACUCCAUAUCCAGUCACAUGAGGAUAAGGAUGGACCAACUGGAGGGGGUCACAUGUGUGGUGAUGUCACAGUACCAGGGAACCAAGAUGGAGUCUAAACUGCAGAUGACUGAGGAAUUCUACAUGAGCAGUCUGCCUGACAGGGUGUACAUCUCUGCAUUUAUGAUUCCUGUGUUUCUGGGACUGCUGUGUAUCACUGCAUCUGUGCUCUCCUUAUUCCAUCAGAGACGAGUUGUUCGAGAAACACUGAAGCCUUUGGAUGAUAUGAAUAAAAAAUUAAAAGCUAUGGAUCAAGAGCUCAUCAAAAAGACAGAGGAAGUCACUUAUAAGGAUAAGUUAAUGGGAAUUACUGAAACAAUCCCAGACUCUGUUUGGAGCUUGAUGGUUGAUCAUGCAGUGGAUGUGACUUUCGACCCUGACACUGCCCAUCUCAGACUCUCUUUAUCUGAUGAUAACAAAUCUCUCAAAUUUGGAGAAUUAAAAGAAAAAAAAGAUUGUGAGAAUUUCAAAGGAAGCAGCAGCAUGAAGUUUGAAGAAGAACACAAAGAAGAAGACACAGGGUGGUUUGGAGGAAAACCUACAGAACAAAGUAUGUUAAAUAUUUCAGGAAAAGAUAAAGACAAGAAAACUGGAUUCUUUAACAGGAAGAUGAAAAAAGGACAAAACAAAGAAGUUACUCUGAAGACUGAGGAAGUACGCAAAGAUGAGGCCACUGAGAAUUUAGAAGAAAAAUGCAAAUGCACUAAAAACAAGUUUAAAUAUAAUCAAUGUGUCUUGGGAGUGGAAGGAUAUGACAAAGGUACACAUUACUGGGAGGUUGACCUGGGGAAGAAGAGCCAGUGGAGUGUUGGGAUCGCUCAGGACACAGAGAAGAGAGACAACAUCCAAAUGUAUCCAGACACUGGCUUCUGGAGCAUAUGUUACAAAGAUGGAGAACUGAAAACAGUUGAACAGUCUCCCACUUUCCUUCCCAUUGAACUGAAACCUGAGAAGCUGGGAGUUUUAGUGGACUAUGAAGGGGGACAGAUAACAUUUUUCAAUGUGGAGAAGAAAUGCCACAUCCACUCCUUCUAUGGCAAGUUUUCUAAGAAACUCUAUCCGUUCUUUGGUCCUUUGAUUGAUUGUAAAGAGGAACUCAAAAUCUCACCUGUCGUACAAAGAGACAAACCCUCAACCUCUGAGAACUGUUAG